UACAAUGUCUAAUGGUUAUGAAGACCACAUGGCCGAAGACUGCAGGGAUGAUAUUGGGAGAACGAAUUUAAUUGUCAACUACCUCCCUCAGAACAUGACCCAGGAUGAGUUGCGGAGUCUGUUCAGCAGUAUCGGUGAAGUCGAAUCUGCAAAACUCAUUCGGGAUAAAGUAGCAGGGCACAGCUUGGGCUACGGCUUUGUGAACUACGUGACUGCCAAGGAUGCGGAGAGAGCGAUCAACACCCUGAAUGGCCUGCGGCUCCAGUCAAAAACCAUUAAGGUGUCGUAUGCUCGCCCGAGCUCAGAGGUCAUCAAAGACGCCAACCUGUACAUCAGUGGGCUCCCGCGGACCAUGACCCAGAAGGACGUGGAGGACAUGUUCUCUCGGUUUGGGCGAAUCAUCAACUCCCGGGUCCUUGUGGAUCAGACCACAGGUUUGUCCAGAGGGGUUGCGUUUAUCCGGUUUGACAAACGGUCGGAGGCAGAAGAGGCAAUUACCAGUUUCAAUGGUCAUAAACCCCCAGGUUCCUCCGAGCCCAUUACAGUGAAGUUUGCAGCUAACCCCAACCAGAACAAAAACGUGGCGCUGCUCUCCCAACUGUACCACUCGCCCGCCAGACGGUUCGGAGGCCCCGUUCACCACCAGGCGCAGAGAUUCAGAAUGAAUCUGUUGAAUGCCUGCAUGACCUUGACCUGCAUGCUGUGCUCUCUGUUUGCUAGGUUCUCCCCUAUGGGUGUAGAUCACAUGAGUGGGCUUUCUGGUGUCAAUGUCCCGGGCAACGCGUCUUCGGGCUGGUGCAUCUUCAUCUACAACCUCGGGCAGGACGCCGAUGAGGGGAUCCUCUGGCAGAUGUUUGGCCCCUUUGGGGCAGUCACCAAUGUGAAAGUGAUUCGCGACUUCAACACCAACAAGUGCAAAGGCUUUGGCUUUGUGACCAUGACAAACUAUGAAGAAGCCGCCAUGGCCAUAGCAAGUCUGAACGGCUACCGCCUGGGGGACAAAAUCUUACAGGUUUCCUUCAAAACCAAUAAGUCCCACAAAUAACUCGCUCAUGCUUUUUUUUUUUUUGUACGGAAUAGAUAAUUAAGAGUGAAGAAGUUGAAACUUUUUUGUUAGUGUACAACUCAUUUUGCGCCAAUUUUCACAAGUGUUUGUCUUAGUCUAAAUGAGAAGUGAAAAGGUUUUUAUACUCUGGGAUGCAACCGACAUGUUCAAAUGUUUGAAAUCCCACAAUGUUAGACCAAUUUAAGUUUCUUAAGUUAUUUCCUUUAAAAUAUAUAUUAAACAGAAAUCUAAGUAGACUGCAUUGACUAACCAGUCCCUCGGGACGGUGGUGAACCUGAAGCAUGCUUUAACUUCUAAGACUGUCUAACACUCGUUUCAUUCGGUGUCUCCACAAACUGGAUAUAAAAAAAAAAAAAAAAAAAAAAAAACUUUUUAGUUUUAGUUUUCAAACUAAAGAUGUUAGACAGAUGCUGAGUGUGCGUUUUCUCAACCGCUUCAACAUUUUAAGCGAUUUCUGCUUUGGUUGACAGGAAAUUGCUUUCCCCAGCAGGUGCCAUUGCCACUCCUGCUCACUCAGCCCCGGGGCUCUGCAGCAGUGCCAUCCGAUGGGGGGGGGCCGCCACCGGGGAGGGGGGCCGCACGCCGGGCCGCGCCGGGCCCUCCAGAGAAGGACACGCACAGGUUUCGCAAGCCCAGGCGCCAGUGGGAACGGACCAAAGAGUUUCAGGGAAACUCCAGUAGAUUCCAGAGUCAGACCUAACUCCAGGCGCGCCUGAAGACGUGCUGCUGAUCCUCUGACAUCCCGAAUUUCUGUGCACACGUUGCAUGCACGGUGCCCUGCACACCGGGCGCUGGUGUUCCCAAUCAUUUCUCCACUUUUCCCAGAGCAGUUCACACAGCUCGAAUGCCUAAGAUCGCUCUAUAUUUUAAGAACACAGAAACAUUUGAGCAUUGUAUUUCUCGCAUCCCUUCUCGUGAGCGCUAGACUUGUUCCUAUUUUAGUCGGAUUUUGUUUUGAAACUUUGCUUUCGUAUGAACACUCAGCAGAAAAGUACUUACUUCUUGCCAGUUAUCUAUUAACAACAAAAAAAAAAAAACAAAAAAAAAAACAAAAAAAAACACUUUGAUUUGUAGUUUUAAAGAUUAACCCUCCCAAGUUCUCUUCAUAACUGCCUUGACAUUCUGGGUUGUUCUGUUCUGUUAAUUUUCUUUUGCUUUUUUGUGUUUUUUGUUUGUUUUUACUUUUGCAUUUAAGACCAUUAAAUUUGAUUUUGUUUUGCUCGAAUUUUGUUUUGUUUUUUAUUUUACCUUUUCUUUCUUUUUGGCUAGGUAAGGUCCAGACGGCCAGCAUUCAGGGAGGAUUUAUAAAAGAUCUUAAGAAACAAAGACUUGCCUCGAGACAAAGCAUUUACAGGUCUGUGACGUAGGAGUGUGCAGUCACAGAUGGCGUUUUUUAAAACGGGGGAGCCAGUAGGGAGAGUCUGAGAGAGAGAGAGAGAGAGCUUGAGAAGUAGCAGGGCCAGACCUCCGGGCAACUCCUCAGGAGUGUGAUCUGACUUUUAUAAAUAUCUAGCAUUUAGAGAGAAUCAAAAAUAGGAGAACUUAGUACCAGCAGUUUUUACGCCUUGACAUAAGACUAAAACACAUAACAAUAGGCAGUUUUAGUUGAUCAAUAUCAUGGAAUUGUGGUAUUAUUUAUCUAUUUAUCUACCUACCUAUUUAUUUAUUUAAGUGGAAAAAAAAUGGGGCACAGCCUUCUCCAGAGCAGGUCAGUGUUCUGAGACGCCCCCCGGACCGUUUGAGGCUGCCUGUCCCAGCCCCGUUUCCCUCAGACUUUGUCGAGGGGCUGCCAACUGCUUGCAUUAUCCUCCCCAACUUGAGAUGUUGUCAUGUUGUUUUCCCACUGAAGGGGCCAAGUUCAUACCUUGAGGCCUUCUCGUGAGUUGGCCAUGUGCCAUGGAGGAACCCCCACCCCCUCCUCCAGCGGAAGUUUCCAGAUCCUAAGUCAAAGCCCGCUUGCGUGCCUCCUCCUGGAGCCCAGAGCCAAGGCCCGUCAGCCUGGAUUUGACACAGGAGAGGGGCCCCCCCUGCUAUGUCUGCCCCAGAGUGCUCUUCACCACAGACCAGGACGUUCCCCUGGAAGAAUAUGCCUUUCAGGUUGUGCUAGCCUUGGGCCGGCGUCUCCUCAGUGAAGAUGGAUUCCCAUUAGGUCUCUUCCUUGACACACAUUCCUGCCUGCCCUCACUAGCGUUCCGUGUCUUACUUGAAUUCUGUCGGAAGCAUAAACCGUGAAAUGACGGGCUCGGAGCCAGCACCGCCGCUCCUUCCCUCCCCGCCCGGUUAUCCGAACCGCAUUGAUCACUCUGAUGCUGGCACAGAGGAGGAGAUGAGCCUUCGAGAGUUGCCUGAGGUUUCUCAGUUCAGUAAAAUCCUCCUUUUACACGGGCUCCACUCUGAACAGCCUUUCUGGCUAAAACCCCAGCGCGUUGCUUUGGGAGUGUGAAUUUGCAAGUGUGUGGAAGGCUUUCGCUUUUGACGUGUUACUUAACCCUGAAAAGCAACUGGCGCUCCCAGGGAUGUACCAGGUGCUGGCCCUGUGUCCAACAAGUUCAUUAUCUCUUCUCCAGGCUUGUUCGCAAAAAGGUAGAUCCCAUUUUUUAAAAGUCACAAUCCAAAAGAAAACUGUUUUAUAAAAGUUUUUUACAUAGGUUGAUCAUAUUUGUAUUUCACAAAAUGAGUGCUCUCCUUUUUAUUUGGGAAUUUUGAUGAAAAAAAAGAACUAAAGAGUAGAUAAUGUUAAUUUAUCGAAAGUUUGGUUUGGUACAUAAAUACCAAAGAGGCUUUGACUGGAUUUUCUCUUGGCCUGCCUAACAUCCCCUGAUAGUUGUUUGCUAAGAAACUCCAAAUUUGUGAACCUGGUUCCAGUUGAAUUAUUAUUCACUUUUCACGCCUUGGCUCUGCCCUUCUUUAGUUUUUCAUUGUACUAUGCCAAGCUGUGGUUUUCUGCGCUGGCUGUGCCUCUAGUCGCACGUCCUGUGACUGGGAUCCCCACCCCCACCCCAGCCCGCCACCAUCUUGCCAGAGUAGCUGCGAGACGGGCUUUCCUGGCCUGUAGGCAGAUGGUGCUGGGUGGGCUCCACCUUCUUUGUUCCCUGAAGGUGAGUCCUUCCCUUGCCAAGGGCAGCUGCCUUAACCUCUGAGAGUCUGCACUUGGUGUUCGUGCUGGAAACCCAGCGUCCAGGGUCUGACCUGUGCUGCUGGAGGGAGCUGGUGCUUUCUGAGCUGGCAGCGGGCGGGGGGGGGGGGGGGGGGGCGGCCCUGCUGGAUCAGACAAGUAGGUGAAUCCGAAGGUUACUGGCAAUAACUCGCCCUGGUUUGCCUCCAAACUAGGGCCGUUGACCGACCCCAAGUCUGCUGUCGGCCUUGAAAAUCAAAGUUAACGUCACCCAGCUGUUCCAUUUCACAUCUGAUUCAGCCUGAUUUUAUUUCUCUGUGCUUUUUGCAGCCUUCCUGGGUUGGGUAAGAGAAAGAAUAAGCUGCCAAAGGUCUGUGUUCCCCAGCCACCCCCCUCCCCAAGCCCUCCCCCUGAAAUCCCUGCCACCUUCCCAGGACCUAUGGCACCUCUGGGACCUGAGGCAGCUCCUCAGGAAGCACCUCCCGCUGUCCAUCAGAUUCCCAGGCCCGGCCCCCAACUGAAGUCCCAAGUGCUUUCUGUUGAGUGGCAUUGAUGAUUGACCCUUGCUGACGAUAGCGGUAGAACCUGAAUCCCAGACCUCCAGCAGGGUUCACACUUCGAAACCUUUUGAUUUGCCUCUGACUUCUAAUGAUUGUAUCGUACAUUUUCCCACAGCCUUUUGGUGACCUAGUUUUCAGGUUUCCGCUUGGUCGUUAAAAAAAAAGAAAAGAAAAAUUAUUUGUACAUCACCGCAGGGACCUAAGUUUAGGUUAACCGACGGCUCGAGCAGCGGCUUUGAGAGGACUCUAUUGCAUUCCACCAGGAGAGAAGGCUUGUCCGUUGGUUGGGGCCACCUCUUUACCAUGUACUGUUCCGUUUCCAGUGACUUGCUCUGGGGGGGCGGGGCGCUUGACCAGCUGGUUCCCGUGUUGUACAGUAGAUGGGUAGACGUUUUGUAUAUUAGUGUGUUUUAAGUUAUUGAUUUGUUUUAUAUAAAAUAAUUUAUUUUUCAGGUACCAUUUUUCAUUUUAACUUUGUUUUUACAUGGGUUUGUUUUCAAUAAAGUAUGACACUGCUGUCCAAAAGUCAACAAUAAAAUGAAUCCCAUUGUGUUCUUUUGAGGAUGCUUAUGUAACUAGCUCUUUUUUAUUAUUUUCAGGGAAAAAAAAAAAGCCCUUCUCAGUUUUCCAUCUCCCCAUUUGCCUUUUUAUCCUUGUGAAUAAAUGUUCUUUAGUGUUUUAGGAGGAAAAAGCAAACCUAGAUUUUGAUAAUCCAGAAGAUUUCAGAUUAAUAAAGAAGCUUUGAAAGAAGACCAUUUUUCAAAAUUUUAGUGAAGUGUGAAUAUUUUUUGUCAAUGGCUUUCUCAAAGAGAAUGAAACUUUUGCACCAUUUUCAGAGUUUUUAUAGAGAUGCCAAAUUGAUAUAUUUACAUGUAAUGGAAACAUGAAAAAGUUUUAUUAAACA